GGACACAAGUGGGACGCUGGUCCCUUUCACCAACGGAGCCGUCGACGCACGGACACGUUCAUCGCUGCUGAGAGUCACACACACACCACAGCGAACGACCAGUCACCGAGAUUAUAAAAACAAUCUGUCACAAAGGCAACCUAAACAUCACCUCGUGUGAAAUCCUGACGUAUCCAGGCAGCAAUUCCCAGUGACUCUUCAGCUGUGUUGUGUGGACUGCUAUAAACAUCUGGUUUCUGCAUACUUGGAAAAAGAUCAUUAAAAUGUCUAACAACCAAAUCAGUCUUCCUGCUAAACUCAUCAAUGGUGGAAUUGCUGGAUUAAUUGGAGUUACGUGUGUUUUCCCAAUUGACCUGGCUAAAACCAGACUGCAGAACCAAAGGAAUGGGCAGCGUACCUACACAAGCAUGAUGGACUGUCUCAUUAAGACCGUGCGAUCUGAAGGAUAUUUUGGAAUGUAUAGAGGUGCGGCUGUGAACCUUACAUUGGUAACACCAGAGAAAGCUAUUAAACUAGCUGCAAAUGAUUUCUUUCGUUCGUAUCUGUCAAUAAAUGGCAAGGGCUUAACUAUAUCUGGAGAGAUGCUGGCUGGUUGUGGAGCUGGACUCUGUCAGGUCAUUAUCACUACUCCUAUGGAGAUGCUGAAAAUCCAACUUCAAGAUGCUGGCAGAUUAGUGGCUCAGCAGAGAUUGAUACUACCGACCAGUUUAUCCAAUAAAGUUGUAGCUACUAAUCCAGUUUUGAGUCGGGCUUACGUUAGCCUUGCUGCUGUUACAAGACCGAUGUCUGCGACCCAGAUUGCCAAGGAUUUGUUUUACUCCCAAGGGUUUAGAGGACUGUACAAAGGGUUAGGAGCCACUAUACUGAGGGACGUUCCAUUUUCUGUCGUCUAUUUUCCAUUGUUUGCCAACCUGAACAAACUUGGACAAAAUUCAGUGGACGGGCGAGCUUCUAUUGUCCAUUCAUUUUUAUCUGGGUGCAUUGCUGGUUCCAUUGCAGCUGUGGCUGUCAAUCCAUGUGAUGUGAUCAAAACACGAUUCCAGUCACUACAUAGAGGAGCAAAUGAAGAAGCGUACAGUGGAAUUGUGGACUGUGCUAGGAAAAUCUGGAGAAACGAAGGUCCUUCUACAUUCCUAAAGGGAUCCUGUUGCCGGGCAUUAGUCAUCGCACCACUUUUUGGCAUUGCCCAAGUGAUUUACUUUGUAGGAAUUGGAGAAUUUGUCUUGGGUUUUUCACAUUUUGAAGUGUAUUGAUCUGCUGGCAUCCAUUCCUGGAGGACUGCAUUGUACAAUGAAAAAUACCAAGCAAGGAACCAAGACACUAUUGCAGUUAUUGGAGGGUUCAUUCAUUAUUUUGCCUUUGUUCAGGUUCAUAAAGUGGUUGUGUAUGUGUUCGGAGGAGGAGGAAUAUUGCUCAUCAACUGUUUUUGAGCUAAUGUCGGAUGAUUGAUGUGGAAAUAAUGUCUUGAAACAUUAAGAAAGCAAGGUUAAACUAAAGGGGCCAAGUUUUGUUCCCUCUAUAGCUUGACAUUCACUUUUCUAUUUGUAAAAAAAAAUGGAAUUAAUGUUUGUACAAUUAACAGUAUUUAAAACCUUUUUAUACGUUUAUAUAUUGGUCAAUUUCUACGCCCUUAAUAUUGAGACUUGAGCUCCUUAAAAUUUCUCCUAAUAAGUUCACCCAAGUGCAAAAAUAAAAUAUCAAGCUUGUAUUUGAAAAGUAUUAUAUGAGGACAGACCAAGUUGUGACUUUGGCCACCUCGGUUAAAUCGUUACUCGCAUUUUUCUGUCCUGAGAACCAUUUCCCACCCUUUCUCACCUGAGCUGUCAAAUGGAUUGUUGAUAUCAACCCUGAACUAUGAUUGCUUCCCUGGCCACACAAAUGUGGCCAUAGAAGGGAUACAUUCAGUAACCAUUUCUUGCAUUGUCUAGGAAUUAAUACCGGAGAAUUAAAAAAAAAAAAAAAAAAAAAAAAUCCAUGAUUCCGUUACCCUUUUGCAAGCUGCUCAUUGUUACAGAUCCAUGUUGAUCAUGAGGCAUGCUUACUGUAAUUGGUGCAAUUACCAUUUGCCACUUUUGAUGUGUUCAUAUACUGUGAUGGUGCUUUAAAAUACGUCCGUCAGGGCUAAGAUUCAUUUCUUGCCGAACAUCUUUUUCUCAUUGGCACUACGGUAGCAAAAAAGGUGCCUUUGGUUACAUAACAUUAAAUAAGUAAUCACAGAAUAUUUAAGAUCACAUUCUAGGAGACUGUUUGAAACAAUGUUCAGAAACUGGCAUUCACUCCACUGAGGAAGCGAUGGUGUCACUCUUCAACACAUUAGUUUGCAACUCGCCCUUUACUGUGGUGUUUUUAACUGAAAUUGUGAAUGUCAUGAAAGAAAUAAUGCCUCUGGUCAAUUUUCUUAAUUGACACAAUGGUGCCUUUUAUGCCAUUGAGCUGGUUUACAACACAUAAUACUAGGUCAGCACCAUUCUCAAAGAUUUUCAUGCCUACGUGGAAGUAAAGCUGUUUACAAACAAUUUUACAAUUGUAACAAUACUGUGACAAUAAACCCAAAGUUUUGUAA